GACAACGAAGUGCACGGGAUUAGAUAUUUUUAUAUAUAGAUUAGACCUCUGGGCAGAAGAUAGGCUAAUUUAAAAAGAGAGAAAAUCAACCCCGUGAGGUGCUCAAGCAGGGAUUUUGAGAUUUCAGAUGGAAAUUUUUGUUUAAUAAAUGGUUGCCAUGGGUCUUAAAGCUUUUAUAAUAAUAAUUAUUGGUUUCCGGGCAACGGAGUGCACAUGAUCAUUUGAUACAGAUAUAGAUUAGACCUCUGGACAGAAGAUAGGUUAAUUUAAAAAGGAAAGGACCAACCUCGGGUGUGCUCAAAUCGGGAUUUUGAGAUUUCGAAUUCCGAUGGAAUAUUUUGUUUAAAAAUGGUUGCCAUGGGUUUUGAAGCUAUUAUAAUAAUAAUUAAUAAUUAUUAGUUGCUGGGCAGUGCGCGGGAUCAGCUAGUAUACAUAUAAAUAUAAAUGGUGAUUACUAAUUGGUAUUUACCAAUUGGUGUUUAUUUAUUUAAGUAAAAUAUUUAAUAACCUCAAUAAUUAUAUCAUAAUAUUAUCGUUUAUCAGUCGAAUUAGUCUGAUGAUCGAUUCAAACUUUUUGAACACCCUAUAUGGCUAUAUAUAAAAUUAGUAAUUAGCUGUUAAUAACAUAUACGAUACAUAUUAAAUUGGAAUACUUAAUAAAAAAAUAAAAAAAUAUAUAUAAUAGUAAUACCAUAACUAGGGCUCGGAAGUUGUUGCAUUUGCAUGAUUGUUUUGAACCAUUAGAUUUAUUGCUAAGUGAGCUAGAAAUUCAUUCCAAGACACUACGAAAACAUAUCAAACAUUUUUAGUGCAUAUUUUUGCAUAUUUGGUGAUUUUUAGAUUUUAGAUCAUAUUUUAUAAUUUAUGGAGAUUCCAUAUGAAAAUUUGUAAAUAAAAAAAAUAAAUACAUUCAUAUUGAGAGACCUUACUAGAUAUUCUUGUAUCGUAUUUUUCAAACUUCCAUUUGACAUUAAAAACAAUGUUUUUCCCCUGUUGGUUAAUAUAAUAUAAUAUUAAUAUAUAAAAAAUAUAAUGUAUAUAUAUAUAUAUAUAUAAAAUAUGGGUGUCGACGAAACUACAGACUCAGAAGGAAGAUAUGUAGCUAACGUUAUAAAAGGAACUUUAAAUAUUGACGCACCGGGAAAAACUUAUUUGCUAACAACCGAAGUUCUGGAAAAAGCGUAUAAUUCGACGAUAGACGAUAGUAAAAUUUUUUGAUCUUUCAAUGUUCGUCCUCUGGCCAAACGGAAUUCGUCAUGAUGACGUCCUACUGUUUGUGACCGAUGCCGCACCAUACAUGGUGAAAGCUGGGCAAACACUUCAAUCACUGUACUCUAAAAUGAAACAUUUAACAUGUCUCGCACAUGGUAUCCAUAGAGUAGCCGAAAAUAUACGGAAAAAGUUUAAAAAAGUUGAUAAACUUAUUUCCAGGGUUAAACAGGUGUUCUUAAAGGCUCCUUCACGUGUUUUAGUGUUUAAAAGUGAAGCACCAGCCAUACCACUUUAACCAGAGCCAAUAUUAACUAGAUGGAGUACAUGGAUAAUGGCAGCUUCCUAUUACUGCAAAUAUUACAAAGUUAUACGUAGAGUAUUACUAAGUUUAAAUGCUAAAGAUGCUAUUUCUGUUAGAGAAGCUCAACAGUUAAUUCAAGAACCCGAUAUGGAAGCUAAUUUAGUAUACAUACAUUCAAAUUUUGGAUUUAUACCGGAAUAUAUAACGAAACUUGAAACACAAUAUAGUUCACUAUCCGAAGCAUUAUCUGCAGUUAAAUAUGUUCAAAAUAAAUUAAACGACUGUGAGGGUGAAAUCGGUGUUGCGGUAUUUCAAAAAUUAAAUAAUUUAUUGGAGAAAAAUUGUGGCUUUAAAACGAUACUUAAUAUUUCAAAAAUAUUAAGUGGACAAGAAAGUUCAAUGGAAGGUCUUCCUGAUGAUUUGACUGGUGACGAUAUUACAUAUUUCAAAUAUGCGCCGAUUACGUCAACUAAUGUUGAACGUAGUUUUUCAAGGUACAAAACUUUGCUGGUGGAUAAUCGGCGAUCAUUCAAUUUUGAAAACAUCAAAAAAGUUUAGUGGUCCAAUGUAACAAUUUUGAAGAUAGGAACAAAAUUAUAUGUAAUGCAUUUUAAUUAUUAGGUAUAUAAAUAUAACUCGACAUAAGUGCAUUUUUUAUUCAAGGAACAUUUUUCAUUUUAAAAGCGAUUUUUUUAUUAUUAUUUUUUUUUUGUUUAAAUUAUGAUUAAAAAAAUGAAAAUAAAUAUUAUUUAUAUAACUUUGCUUUUUUUUUAUUUACAAAUUUUUAAAAAAUAUCUGUGCAAAUUAAAAUGUUGUGUAAAAUAAUUAAAUAUAAGUGCAUAUUUUAAGUGCAUAAGUGCAUGCAUAUUUAGUACUUUUUUAGUGCAUUAAGUUCCGAGCCCUAACCAAAACCAACCUAACCAUACGUAUUCAUUUGGUUAAAAAAAAGAAUCAAAUUCUGUGGUCUUAUUCAUGUAAUACUCCAAAAUUACAUGGAACUACUUUUGUGUACUAAUUGAAUUAUAAUUAACCAUAGUUAGUUAUUAUUCCAAUGAAAUCUUCUUUAUUAAAGUACUUAUACCUUUAAUUGGUAGGCGAGUUGAUUGCAGAAAGAUAAAAUCUGUAAGUUAUCAAUUAAAAUUUACAAAAUAUAAUGUUAAUAAUCAACACAGUUCAUUGGUUUUUGGUCAUAUUGCUUUCACUAUGUCUAAGUUUAAAUUUUCCCUAGGGACGUAAAACUUUUUCAGAUAUAAAUACAGUAAUUAUUCUGCUGCGAUAGAUGUUUCGUUGAAAUCAUGAUAACAUUUUUAUUUGCCAAUGCUUUCAUGCACUUGUUCUUAUUGUAUACAUUAUAGUAUAAUAUAUACACAAUAGGUACACAAUAGCAUAUAGGUACAAUGUACAUGGACAUCAUAACUUAUAAAUAUAUAUCAAAACGUUUGUAUAAUAUAUACAAAUACAGGGUGUAUAAGAGGAAGACCUGACGCAGAUGAAAUAACUUUUGUUCUGAAAUAAAUUUUGAUUUGAUCUAAAUUUUUUUGGAUAAAUUCAAUAUAGUCAUUUGCAUAGUCAUCAUUGUUUUUUUUAAGUUCUUCCCGUUACAUCAUGUAUAUGUAAACCUAUAUGUAUAAUGUAUGUGUAUCAUGUAUAUGUAUAGGUUAGGUACUUGCACAUUUGUCGGUUAUAGACAACUUAUAGUUUAAAAACUGAUAUGGUGGGGAUGACUUUUACCGUAACCGCAACUACGGUAUCCACCUUGUGUCCGGCUACAGGUAGGUACGUAGCGUAGGAACCUAUAUAUAUAUAUAUAUAUAUAUGAGGAUAGCAACAUUACAAACAAACACCGAUUGAGUUGGUUAUGAGAGGUUGAGAGGUUACGAGGUUCCGUGUCUCGCACACUUCGUAGCCCGACUCUAGAACAGUCCGCAUAAUAAUUUCUUAGUAAAUCGUGUUGUACGCCGUCAAAACUAAAUAAAUCGCAAUGGAAACAGCCGGUGGUAUAGCCGAAACAUUUAGAAAUGGGACGUUCUUAGUUACGGGGAGUACGGGAUUUUUGGGGAAAAUACUCACGGAAAAAUUACUUAGGUCUUGUCCCGUGAAAAAUAUCGCGAUUCUCGUGAGGAGUAAAAAAGGAUUCGACGCCAGUCAGAGGGUUGCAGAUAUCUAUAAACAAGCUGUAAGUAUAUACCAAUAUAUAAAUACGUUUUGUUUGUCGUUAAAUAAUUUACAUAUUAUUACACGGAGGUUUUUUACAGUACUUAAAUGUGUUUAAUGCCUCCAAAAUAUAUGAUUACUAUUAUAGUUUUCAAUUAUAACACAAUAUUAAUAGACACGAAUAGAUUGAUUCAUAUAAUAUAUAA